AUGAGACUGAGCAGCAUCGUGUCAAGAAAUUGCAACGCUGUGCAACCUCAUCUCAUCAUAGGUGGUCGGGUUCCUGGAGGCCUGCCACGGACAUUUUUCCUGCGGGGAAACGCACGUUCGCUAAUAGCACUACCAGUAAGUAUCCUUGAGCAGUGGCCCGCCCUAACCCAGUACAAUCCCGUUGGUGCUUUUGCCUAG